GCCAGUGGGUGGGGUACACAGGAGUGGCUACAUGCCCCUCCCACACUGCUACCUAUAAGGCUUCCAAGAAGGAGGGGCCCUCACAGCUCCUAGAGACACCCCAAGAUGAAGACAGUCCUGCUGCUUCUUGUCAUCCUGGCUGUGGCCAUUGGGCCAGCCCAGGCUCUCCAGUGUCACGUGUGCCAGGACUCCGGCAACUGUAAGAAAACACAAACUUGUCCAUCCAGUGCUAAAUUCUGCAGGACCGUCACCAAAGUAGAGACCCUGUCAGGCAACCUGGUGCAGAAGGACUGUGUGGACUGGUGUGUACCCACCAAGAUCCAGCCGAACCAGAUUACCAGUGGCACUGAGAUCGUCCAGUGCUGUCAGAAAGACCUGUGCAACCACAGCCUGCAGAAUGCCGCGUCUACCCGCACCCCCCUGGCCAGCUUACUGGGCCUGGCCCUCAGCCUCCUAGCCCUCCUUCUGGCCCCUGGCCUGUAAGCCUCUCAGUGGACUCCCACCCACCCACCCCUCCCUUCCUCUCCUGCCCUGGGAAAUUCUACUGCCCCCUUUCUUGAAGCAAAAGGGAUUCAGUUGCCCUGGGCUGGGGCUCCCUCCAAAUACCUGAGGACAGGUCCUGUGGACAAGGAGGACCACUCCCACCCCAGGAAGAGAAGAUGCAGUCUCCCAGAGCUUUGAGGACAGCAGAGAACAAAGAGAUUCCAUAUUCAGCUUGCCUAUUUUCCAUAUAUUUUUCUACUCCAGGCUUGUUGGGUAAUAAAUGAUUGAAAAACCCA